CUUACCUGCCUGACAGACCUUACCUGUGCUUGGGGCUGACCACACGUGUAUCGUUAUCUCUCCCUGACCUGAUCUUAGGUGAUAUAGUGAUCUAUAAACCCAUAUUCCAAUCGUGAUUAAGAGAUUAGCGAUGUGAAUUCCUGGUGAAGUUUAAUCUCAACAAAAAUCAGAAUUGGACUAACAGUGAAAAAUUUAUUUACUGGGAUUUUUUUUUCCGUAACUGAUUAUGUGAUCCACACGUCAUCAAAAUGGUUAAAAUGAUUAUCUACCAUCGUAAAAGAGGGAGAUAAUUGGUGAUUAAGGCUGUAAGAAAAGGGGAAGUGAGUAUGUUGAGGGGAAGUGUGACGUCAGAACGAUAACACAACAAACCUCGACGGUAGUCAAGACUCAUGGACAUUACCAAGAUCGACAGUCAGAUGCGGUUCUGUACUUGGGAGAAUUACGGUGGUCUCAGGCGCCAUUAUAUCUGCGGUCACCCCAAGACCUGCUGUGCUCGGCUGUUGCGUCUCUACUCCGUUCUCCUUCUAUCAGCUGUGGUAUUUCUGGUUGCUGGUACUGUUGAUAAUAUUGGUGUGUUCAGGUGGAGGCUGGUGGUUUAGGUGGCGUCACGGUGGCUUCAGUAACCACAACACUCCCUCUAGUAACCACAUCAGAGCAAGACGUCACAGGGCAGCCAGAACACAGGGACACAGUGGGGUCAGAGUGUACCCUCAUCCACACAGCUACUACACAGGCCAAGGAGCUCCACCUGAUGACUACACCUCCGGGUUAUGAUAAAGAUCCGCCAUCUUACAACGAAGUUAUCUCCCACCUUAGUCAGUUCCCGCGAGCAGGUGCAGAGAGUGGAGGGACGGAAGACGCUGGCGGUGAUGGGAUAUUACCUAGUGCACCUCAUGUGACGGCCUCCAUCCUCAACUGCCAAAUGUCUGUCCCUCCACCCAGCUACGAGAUGGUACUAGACCUCAAGAAGCGGGAGGUGCAGUUACAGCGAGAGAUAAACGUGGAGGAACAACUGGAGAGCGUUAAUAGUGCAAGGAGUAAAAUACGGAACAUCUUAGGGCGGGUGAGGCCAUACACAACUACCCCAGAGUCGCAGCCUCCCGCCCUCGAGGCUUACGUCCCAACCAACUUCUCCUCCUCCAACACUACACCGUCAGGACUCUUCACCAUCAGUAGGGAAAGUCUCCCCUCUCAGGAGUUUUACAACCGGGCGUCAUCGUCGUCAAGUCAUCCACAGUCGUUAGGUAUUGCCCGUAACACAUCGUCACCCUCCAGCGUGGGGUCCUCGUCACACUCAGACUACUCCUCGUCCUUCAUCUCUAGUCCUUCCUCCGCCGGCAGAUCGCUAGUGACGCCGCCUCCCCCUGAAUACUUCCCCCCUUCUACCCCCAGAUCAGUCGACGUCAUAAACCCAGACCCCCAAGACCCGGCAACACACACGGAGGAGCCCCCGACGCUGGAUCACGCCGGAACCUCACGUCCCUGUACAGGACGCUCAGUUCUCUCCCGGCCUACUACCUCUAUAAGCACCCGCACCCUCCCUCCCCCUCCCCAACUAGUGAGGAAGACCAGCCUGCCAGGGGCGGUGCUGGAGAACGACGGGGACAAAUAAAGGAUCAGCCAUGAUUCUCCUACACACACAACAAAGCACCGCUGUGAUGCAAAAAAUCCGUCCUGCUGUCAACCCUAGUAACUCACCCAUGGCGGACACUGUUGGUCACGUCUGAGUGUCUCCCACCAGCACAACACAACGCCACGUUAUCAAUAAGAAAUAAACACUGCAUUAUGUCCAUAAGUGUAAUGACCAUCCAGAGAGGGACACACAAUCACUCGGGGAAGGGAAACUGAUAAUAAAAGCUUCAGAAAC